UUCAGGAGGGGCGUAUCGGAGCAAGGGGCUUGGCGUGGGACAGUCCAACACCGAAAGGGGGUGGGCGGUUAGAAGUCACUUGGGUGCCCGGGGAGGUUUAGGACGUGAAGAAAAGAGAUAACUAACUUAAUGUAAAGAGGAGAUUUAGUUAUACUUGAAAAAUGAGGCCAGUGAGAAGGGUCUUGACGUGAAAAGAUAGUAGGAAACGGACAUCCCCAGAGGGCAGAUUAAGAGCUGAGGGAGAGGUCCUGGUGUGAAGAAUGGCGUUAUAUUAAUGUGAAGAGGAGUUAAACCAAAGUGAAGGGGGGUUGGAUACCCUUGGAAUGGGUUGAGAGGGGUCUCUGUGCAAAAAAAGGGUUGUUAUGUGAAAAGGAUGUCUGGAUGCCCCUAGAAUAGGUUGGAUGGAGGUAGUCCCUUGGAAAAGUGUAGGGAAUUAGGUCAAGGUGAAGAGUGGAAAUUGGAGGGGUUUAAGGUGUUGAGAGGGAUCUGUUCUGGGGACGUGGAGGGUAUCUGGGUAUCACUGGAAUGAGAAUGACCUGUUACGUUAGGUUGAUGAGAAGUUGGGGGUCUGGGUAUCCCCAGAGUAUUUAAUACUGGCUGGUGAGAGAAUCUGGAUGUGAGGAAGGGGGAUCUGGAUCUUCUCUGUCAUUGUUAAAGUGGGGGUCAAGGGGAGUUCUGCACAAGAAGAGAGGUUCUGUGUAUCCCUAAAGGGGACCUGGGCAGUGGAAGGGUCUGUGUGUGAAAGGGGGUCAAGCUAUUAGAUAUCCCUGAAUUGGGUUAGUGUGUGUUCGGGAUCUUUCUGCAAAUAAGGGGAAUUAAGUUGAUAUGAAGAGGGGGCCUGAGCAUCCCUGGAAUGAGUUAAGGAGGGAGGGGGGUCUUUUUGCAAAAAAUAGGUAAAGUUAAUAAUGUGAAAGGGGGUCUGGGAACCCCUGAAUGGGUUAGGGUGGUUUGUAAAUGAAGACAAGGGGUUUAAAUCAAUGUGAAGAGGGGAUUUGGGUAUCUCAGAGGGAAAUUAGAAUUGCAGAUGAGGUCUCAGUGCAAAGAAAAGCCCAGGGCCUUGCUGCCGCCAUGACUGAAGAGUCAGAGGAGACGGUCCUGUACAUUGAGCAUCGCUUUGUCUGCUCUGAAUGCAACCAGCUCUAUGGAUCCCUGGAGGAGGUGCUCAUGCACCAGAAUUCCCACGUGCCCCAGCAGCACUUUGAGCUGGUGGGCGUGGCUGACCCUGGAGUCGCAGUGGCCACAGAGGCAGCUUCUGGCGCAGGCCUCUAUCAGACUGUCGUGCAAGAGAGCCAGUACCAGUGCCUGGAAUGUGGGCAGCUGCUGAUGUCCCCAAGCCAGCUCCUGGAGCACCAGGAGUUGCACCUAAAAAUGAUGGCGCCUCAGGAGGUAGUGCCAACUGAGUCGCCACCCAAGAUGCCCCCCCUGAGCUCGAGUACCAUCCACUAUGAGUGUGUUGAUUGCAAGGCUCUCUUUGCCAGCCAGGAGCUCUGGCUGAACCACCGGCAGACACACCUCCGGGCCACUCCCACCAAGCCUCCAGCCCCAGUUGUCCUAGGAUCCCCCAUGGGCCAGGCCCGUGUGGCCGUGGAGCACUCAUAUCGCAAAGCUGAAGAGGGUGGGGAAGGGGCAGCUGUCCCUUCCGCUGCUGCCACCACUACUGAGGUGGUGACUGAGGUGGAACUGCUUCUCUACAAGUGCUCUGAGUGCUCCCAGCUCUUCCAGUCGCCAGCUGACUUUCUGGAGCACCAAGCCACCCACUUCCCUGUUCCUGCCCCAGAGUCUGAGGAGCCUGCCUUGCAGCAGGAGACCCUGACCCCAUCACUUGCAGAGGUGCCUGUGACUCAGCCUGAUCCCCUGCCAUCCUCUGACCACAGUUACGAACUGCGCAAUGGUGAAGCCAUUGGGCGUGAUCGGCGGGGGCGCAAGGCCCGGAGGAACAACAGUGGAGAGCCAGGUGGGACAGCCACCCAGGAGCUCUUUUGCUCAGCCUGUGAUCAGCUCUUUCUUUCACCUCACCAGCUACAGCAGCACCUGCGGAGUCACCGGGAGGGUGUCUUUAAGUGCCCCCUGUGUAGUCGUGUCUUUCCCAGCCCUUCCAGUCUAGACCAGCACCUUGGAGAUCACAGCAGCGAGUCUCACUUCCUGUGUGUAGACUGUGGCCUGGCCUUUGGCACAGAGGCUCUCCUCCUGGCCCACCGGCGAGCUCACACCCCGAAUCCUCUGCAUUCAUGUCCAUGUGGAAAGAACUUUGUCAACCUCACCAAGUUCCUUUAUCACCGGCGUACCCAUGGGGUGGGAGGUGUUCCUCUACCCACAACACCAGUCCUACCAGAGGAGCCUGUCAUUGGUUUCCCUGAGCCAGCUCCAGCAGAGAUUGGAGAGCCAGAGGCUCCGGAGCCCCCAGUGUCUGAGGAGAGCUCAGCAGAACCCGCUGCCCCAGGUACCUACCGCUGCCUCCUGUGCAGCCGUGAAUUUGGCAAGGCAUUACAGCUCACCCGGCACCAACGUUUUGUGCACCGGCUAGAACGGCGCCACAAGUGUGGCAUUUGCGGCAAGAUGUUCAAGAAGAAGUCUCAUGUGCGCAACCACCUGCGCACACACACGGGCGAACGGCCCUUCCCCUGCCCAGACUGCUCUAAACCUUUCAACUCGCCUGCCAACCUGGCCCGCCACCGGCUCACGCACACAGGAGAGCGGCCCUACCGGUGUGGGGACUGUGGCAAAGCUUUCACCCAAAGCUCUACACUGAGGCAGCACCGCCUGGUGCAUGCCCAACACUUCCCCUACCGCUGCCAGGAGUGCGGAGUGCGUUUUCACCGCCCCUACCGUUUGCUCAUGCACCGCUACCACCACACUGGCGAAUACCCCUACAAGUGUCGCGAGUGCCCCCGCUCCUUCCUGCUGCGCCGGCUGCUGGAGGUGCACCAGCUUGUGGCCCAUGCUGGGCGCCAGCCCCACCGCUGCCCAUCCUGUGGGGCUGCCUUCCCUUCCUCGCUGCGGCUCCGUGAGCACCGCUGUGCAGCUGCUGCUGCCCAGGGCCCACGGCGCUUUGAGUGUGGCACCUGUGGCAAGAAAGUGGGCUCAGCUGCUCGGCUACAAGCACAUGAGGCGGCCCACGCAGCUGCUGGGCCUGGAGAGGUCCUGGCUAAGGAGCCCCCAGCCCCCAGGGCCCCGCGGGCCACUCGCACACCAGUUGCCCCCCCAACGACCCUUGCAGGCACUGCUGCCUCGGCCCCUGCGGCCCCUGCCCGACGCCGGGGCUUGGAAUGCAGCGAAUGCAAGAAGCUUUUUAGCACAGAGACGUCACUGCAGGUGCACCGGCGCAUCCACACAGGUGAGCGUCCAUACCCAUGUCCAGACUGUGGCAAGGCCUUCCGUCAGAGUACCCACCUGAAGGACCACCGGCGCCUGCACACAGGUGAGCGGCCCUUUGCCUGUGAAGUGUGUGGCAAGGCCUUUGCCAUCUCCAUGCGCCUGGCAGAACAUCGCCGUAUUCACACGGGUGAAAGGCCCUAUUCCUGCCCCGACUGUGGCAAGAGCUACCGCUCCUUCUCCAACCUAUGGAAACACCGCAAGACCCACCAGCAACAGCAUCAGGCAGCUGUGCGGCAACAGCUAGCAGAGGCAGAGGCUGCUGUUGGCCUGGCAGUGAUGGAGACUGCAGUGGAGGCGCUGCCUUUGGUGGAAGCCAUUGAGAUCUACCCUCUGGCUGAGGCUGAGGGAGUCCAGAUCAGUGGCUGACCCUGCCAGCUUCCCUCUUCAGGAACACCAUGCCCUGUUGCUGAAGAACCCCCUCCAACAUCCCCUUAAAUUUCUGUACAUACAGUGCCUCUUCCUCCACCCUUCCCAACUGCUGUGUAAAUUCUGUAACUGGAUUUAUUCUCUUAGGAGUGUUCUGGGGUCCCUAAUAUGCAUAAAAGUGCCCCUCACCUUUCCACUUGUUAGCACUGUGGCCCCAAAGUGAAAUAAUAAAAACUGAUUUGGACAUUUA